UCUUAAACCCCAGCCACAACAGCCCCAUUCCCUCACACUACGAGCACCAUCCAGAGCUUCAUCCAUCUCCACAAGCCAAGAAGCUCUAAGCAUGUCAGCCAUGGCUACCACUGCGUCUACCCUCCUCAGGUCCUCCUUCGCUGGCUUCCGCAUCCCGACAGCCACGCACUCUCCAUCCUCCGUCGUCGUCACCCCGUGCGCCGCUGGCCCCAUCUGCUCGUCCCUUUCCUCCUCCAACCCGUCCUACGACCUCAACGCCUUCAAGUUCAGCCCCAUCAAGGAGUCCAUCGUCUCCCGCGAGAUGACACGCCGCUACAUGACGGACAUGAUCACCUACGCCGACACCGAUGUCGUCAUCGUCGGCGCGGGAUCUGCGGGGCUCUCCUGCGCGUACGAGCUCUCCAAGGACCCAUCCAUCAGCAUAGCAAUCGUGGAGCAGUCUGUGUCCCCGGGAGGCGGUGCGUGGCUUGGGGGCCAGCUCUUCUCGGCCAUGGUGGUGCGCAAGCCUGCGCACCUCUUCCUCGAUGAGCUUGACAUCGCGUACGACGAGGCGGAUGACUAUGUGGUGAUCAAGCACGCCGCUCUCUUCACCUCCACCAUCAUGAGCCGCCUCCUCGCGCGGCCCAACGUCAAGCUCUUCAACGCCGUCGCCGUUGAGGACCUCAUCGUCAAGCAGGGCCGCGUCGGUGGCGUGGUGACCAACUGGGCGCUCGUGUCAAUGAACCACGACACACAGUCAUGCAUGGACCCCAACGUGAUGGAGGCCAAGGUGGUGGUGAGCUCGUGCGGGCACGAUGGGCCGUUCGGGGCCACCGGGGUCAAGCGACUCCAGGACAUCGGCAUGAUCGACACCGUGCCCGGGAUGAAAGCGCUCGACAUGAACACUGCGGAGGAUGAGAUCGUGCGGCUCACCCGCGAGGUCGUGCCUGGCAUGAUCGUGACCGGGAUGGAGGUCGCUGAGAUCGACGGUGCCCCGAGGAUGGGCCCGACGUUCGGCGCCAUGAUGAUCUCUGGCCAGAAGGCGGCGCACCUGGCGUUGAAGGCGUUGGGCAGACCGAAUGCCGUCGACGGGUCCAUCAAGACGUUGUCGGCAUUGAGUGGGGAGUUCGUCCUCGCGUCCAAGCAUGACGAGGUCGUGGACGCCUGAACAGGGGAAUGAAGUCCGUCGGAACAGGGAACACGUUGGUGGAAAAAUCUAAGAGUUUUGGCGUUUUAUUUGGGACCUGCUUGAAUUCCCUUUGGUCAGCUUGGUGUCACUACUAUCAUGUUCAUAGCACUACCGUCGUGUGGCUCUAUCUUGUGGGGGGGGGGGGGCACUCUGUGGGCUACUGCUAGCACAGUGAAUAAGAGAGGAGGGAAUAAAAUGAUUGAUUGCCAUGUUGAUGUGAUGUGGUUGAUUUGCUUGUUGAUUUUGCGAAAUAUUUUACCUGCUUUAAUUAAUUUGGCUUGUUGAUUUUGCGAAAUA